AGCAGAAGCGCGCGCGCUACUUCAGUCCGACGCUAACAGUCCAAACUGAUUGGUAUCUGGAUCUCGGAGGAAGGCGACAACCUCCCUCUCUCUACGAUCGCCUUUUCUCUUCGAUUUUUUUUCGGAAAAAAUCGUCGAGUAGAGGGAAGAACGAGAAAAACGUAGCGACCACGACAAGUUUCCGGUUAACGUUCCGGAAACGACCGCGGAUCUCCCGGCUAAAUUAAAAGCCGGGACGCGAAAGGAAGGAACGCAGGACGGAAGAGUGUGUGGUUAUGUGCUAGUGAGAAUCGGGAAAGAACACCCCAGCAAGAGAGAGGCACAGAGAACAUCUAGUCGCGAUGACUAACAGCAUGAAGCAAACGGUUAUCAAAAACCCGACAUGGUGGAAGAGGCGGUCCGGUUUGGAACGCGGGUUAACGGUGAUAGCGGUUUCCGGGUUCCUCUUGUGCAUCGCUUUGGCGGUCGCCCUCGGAAUUUUGGCGGCCAACACGACAUGCAACACCACGUCCAGGACCGAUACUGCUAACGUAGAGAUGCUACCGUCCACAGCCGAGGCGUUAAGCGGUUCGGAAACAUCGAAGAACGCGAUACCAAAAGGAGCGAAAUGCAAUGAUGUAUGUUUAACAUCUGGAUGCGUUCACACAGCCUCUAAAAUACUGAAAAACUUGAAUCCUGAUGUGGAGCCCUGUGACGACUUUUACAAAUUCGCCUGCGGCAGCUUCAUCGAGUCUACGAUUAUUCCAGACGAUAAAACUAGCGUGAAUACGUUCUCUAUUAUCGUUGACGAUCUCGAAGAACAGCUACGGUUAAGUAUCGAAGAGGAGAGUCUUCCGAAUGAGCCGAAACCAUUUAGACUCGUCAAAAACCUGUACAAAGCCUGCAUGAACAAAACCCUCAUCGAGGAGAGAGGCUUGACACCAUUACUGGACGACCUAAGGAAACUCGGUGGCUGGCCCGUUCUGGACGGCGCGAGAUGGAACGAGGGCGACUUCACUUGGAAAGAUUCCGUCUACAGAUUCCGCAGGCAGGGCUAUUCCGUUGAUUACUUCAUCGAUUUCGGCGUCAGUGUCGACCUGAAGAACAACUCGAGACGCUUGAUCGACCUCGAUCAAGCAGCGCUCGGUCUCUCGCGUGAAUAUCUGUCGAAAGGCUUCAACGACAAAAUCGUUCAGGCAUAUUACAAAUACAUGGUGGACAUCGCUGUGAUUCUCGGUGCCAAUCCGAGCCGAGCUCAGGCAGAACUGAAAGAGUCGCUUGAAUUUGAAAUCAAGCUCGCGAAUAUCUCCCUGCCGAAUGAGAAACGACGCAACGUGACUCUCCUCUACAAUCCAAUGACUGUGAACCAGCUGUCCGCGGCUUAUCCUAGCAUACCGUGGUGGGAAUACUUUAACACCAUCCUCGCGCCGCAAGCGCAACUACAACAAGACGAGAUAGUAAUCGUAAAUGUGCCCAGCUAUCUGAAAGACUUUGAAAAACUGAUCACCACGACGCCAAAGCGGGUGCAGGCAAACUAUGCGCUUUGGAGAGCGACUGCCGCGUCAGUCAGCUACUUGACGGAUGACAUCCGGAAGAGACAGCUGAAAUACACUGUGGAGUUAAACGGCAAGACAGAGAGAGAGCCGAGAUGGAAGGAAUGCGUGGACAUCGUAUCCGGCAGCAUGGGAAUUAGUGUCGGCUCGAUGUACGUAAGGAAGUACUUUAAAGAGGACGCGAAGAACGCUGCGCUCGAAAUGGUCGACGAUAUCAGGCAGGAGUUCAUAAAGAUUCUGAAGAAGGUGGACUGGAUGGAUGAGAAGACCAGAGCAAACGCUUUAGAAAAAGCAGCCGGCAUGGCUUCGCAUAUCGCCUAUCCAAACGAGCUGUUGGACGACAGAAAGCUCGAGAAAUUUUACGAGGGACUUGAAUUAAGUGCUGACGAUUACGUAGGAAGUAUUUUUAACUUGUCCAUGUUUGGAACAAAUUUCUCAUUUGGCAGACUGAGACAGCCAGUAAAUAAGACAGAAUGGAUAAGUCAUGCAAGACCAGCUAUCGUCAAUGCGUUUUACUCGUCGAUCGAGAACAGUAUUCAAUUCCCGGCGGGUAUAUUACAAGGUGCAUUCUUCAGCAAUGACCGUCCACGCUACAUGAAUUACGGUGCCAUCGGUUUUGUCAUUGGCCAUGAGAUUACUCACGGUUUUGACGACCAAGGUAGACAAUUUAAUAAGGAAGGUAAUCUCGUGGACUGGUGGCAGUCAGAGACGAAGAAGCGUUAUCUCAAGAAGGCCGAAUGUAUAAUUCAUCAGUAUGGAAAUUACACCGUGAAAGACGUUGGAUUGAACCUGAACGGGAUAAACACCCAGGGUGAGAACAUCGCGGACAACGGUGGCAUAAAGGAGGCCUAUUUCGCGUACAGAGAGUGGGUGAAGCGUAACAAACCGGAGCCGAGAUUGCCGGGCCUGCCGUACAGCCCGGAGCAGUUGUUCUGGAUAAGCGCGGCCAACUCCUGGUGCAGCAAGUACCGGCCGGAGGCGAUGAAGCUGCGGAUCACGACGGGCUUCCACAGCCCGAGCGAGUUCCGCGUUCGCGGUCCGCUGUCGAACAUGGAGGAGUUCUCGCGCGACUUCAAUUGCCCGGUCGGCUCCAGGAUGAAUCCCGAGAAGAAAUGUACCGUGUGGUAGAUCGCGGGCGUACACAGAGUCGGCGAGGUACACCGCGAACACAGCGACGCUGGCCGACUCCGUUUUUUAACCUUAGAAGUUACAAUUCCACACACACACACACACCUGUUACUUCUGUUGAGCACCGUUAAAUUUGUAGUGUCAAAUUUUAACUCGAUGAGUAGCCGCCACUGCUCCUGUUCAAUGUCGUUAAUUUAAUUAAGCAGCGGAGCUAAAAGAAAGCAUACGUCUCAAAUGGGUUGAACAAGAGCUGCAGUUGUUUUUUUAACAAUUUUUGUUAAAAUAAUAAAUUGUACUAUCCGCGAUAAUUAAAAAUGAUAACAUAUUGAGCAGUGGCGACUGCUCAUUGCAUCAAAUUUGACUCAUCACGAAUUUAACAGCGAAGCAACCAAAUUUUAUUCCUAGCUGCUCAGCGCCGAAACACCCAUGCUUUCCAAGAAGACAGGAUAGCACUGUGCCUCUCGGCCACGAAACCUUGUUUGUCUUGUCCUAUUUAUGAAAAAUUACAUGCGAUUAUUUAUUUAUUGUCUCUCUCUCUCUCUCGAAUAUUCGCACUGUCGCUUCUAAGGUUAACGGAUGUAAUGGAGUCGUCGAUCUCAUAGCUAGCAGGAUACGGUAGCUUGUUUCCCGCCCUCAUAGUGUCCUGCCGUGCGACAUUUGCCGCAGCGGGGAAUUUUGUCGGUGCCGCUGCUCGAGAGCAAGAACUGAAAUUUCGCGACAGUACGGAGUAUGCAAAUGGGAAGCGCUCUCCGGGGAAAUCCGCGGGGGGAGGUCCACGGAGAUCGACCCGCGCGAUCUUAGACAUGUGGAACGCACACAUGCAUUAUGUAUCGUUUUUUGGUAAACUUUUAUAAGGAGAAACAUGUCGCGGGGGACGCGCGUUACGUUGUAAAUAGAAAGAAGAUGAUAACGGAGCUAUUGGUUAUACGAAGUUGUACCGCUUAACUGUUUUCGGCGUGUUAAGCAUUGCCGAUUCCUGCACCGGCGACAACGUUUGUCGACGGUCUUAGAUUGUUACGGAGAAAAUUCAGUUUAAUUGUUCUCUAAUGCGCCCUAAGUGUAGCUACUAGUUUUUAUGGUUGAGAGAGAUAUAUAUAUAUAUAUAUAUGUGUGUGGUAAAAGAGAUGUUGGCAGCUUUGUUAAGAAUUAGCUUUUUUUUAUCGUUGACAAUCUUGUUGAGUCUCGCUUUUUAGGGUGAAUUUUCAAGUAUUCCGUUGACGCUAGGAUAAAUAAUAACGGCGCGCACUGUACAGAGGAUGGCUCGCAAAAUCGGCGACACGAGAAAGGAACCCGGGCGGAGCGGCAUGAAAAUUCUUCGAGUUUUAGGUAUUCCUUUCUUUUUUAUACGAAAAAAAAACCUCGGAAGCUAUCGUUUGUUGCAGCUGUUUUAUGUCGAGUAUUAUUUCGUAGUAUUAUCGAGUAGCAAUUAGAUCGCAAGUUGAAUUUCCAGCGAAGAAAAAAAAACCGAGGUCCGCUUAACGCGACGUUCAAACCACGCAGGAAAAAUUUACAAAGAUUCGUUGCUUGUUUGAAUUCAAAUGGAACGUGCAGGAGCAGGACGAUUCUCAAUAUUCUACGAUCUGCACCCCGCAUAGUCGUACAUUUACCUGCGAAUUCCGAUAAUUCAGCGCGAUAACUUUUGUUUCCCGUCGAUCGUAAGGUCCGUUUAGUCGUAGAGAAUCGCGAGAAUACACCUGGAACAACUUAUUACACAAGUAUUAAGCGUAGCUGUUUAACUGCGAGCGAUCGAACCGGGAUUCCUCGCAAUCGCUUUCCACCGUGUUACGUCCCUUACGUCCGCAUUUUUACCGUGCGCCAUAUCUUCCCCCCCCCCCCCUCUCUUCGCUCCUCUCCCUUAAACGUAUUUCUCGUAUUUAUUACGAUGGCCGAUAAGUUAAUCGCCGUAAGUCUAAGCAGAAACGUAUGUACCUUGUAAGGUUUUUUUGUUUCUCUGUUGAAUGUAAGAAUUUAAUACAGGAAAACUUCAUGUAA